ACCUGAGGAACUUUCACUAAACCCCUGACUCACACUUCAGUCUCUCUCCCCCUCUCGCUCUCCCUCUCUCUCUCUCUCAGCACAGCUGGAUUGAACAGAAUGAUCACUGGCUUGAGGAGGACCAGAAUCUGCUAGCUCCGCACACCGCCAGAGAGAGCGGAGAGAGGGAGCCAGAGAGAGCGUGCGCUCAACUAUCAGGUCAUCCAGCUCGUAAAAUCCGUUGUGUUCUGACAACGAGAACAGAGAGGAGCAAGAAGACUUCACUUAACAGACACAACACACUCUGUGCUUUCAGAAAUGCACGGAUUAUGGGAACAUUUGAUCGAUGCGCCUUCCAUUCUCUGCUUUUCAGGCUUUUUGGUGACUGUAAAAGAGUAGCACGAAGACUUCAGGAGUGUUUUCAAAGAGGACAGAAUGAAGAAAUCCUCUGGACUCAACGGCUGGAUGAAAGAUGCUAUGAAGAAAAGAAGGAUACAUGACCUCUAACCGAACUUGGGAGGUAACAAACUUUUGUCUUUAAGAGUCUAGCAGCGUUAUUAAGGGACAUUAUGAACUUGCAUGCCAACAUUUCAAAACCUGUGCCUAAAAGCAUCUUCACCUCUUCGAACCUCAUGCCCUUUGACCCUGACACCUGGACACCGAGCCCGGACAUCAUGCUGGGUAAUGUGGUUCGUAACAGUUCCAUAGGCUGUAACAGAAGUUGGGCUGACACCGAAGCAUCUCUCUUUCCCAAUUUAUCCAUCAGCAGCACUUCCAGUGAAAAAACAGAACCGCUGUCAUGGCAAAGGUGCAACGGCGAGACAAGCAAAGAGGAAUUAGUUCGGAAAAACUGGGCUGCGUUACUGAUUUUGGUUGUGGUCAUUAUUACGGUUACCGGGAACAUUUUAGUAAUCAUGGCUGUCAAUCUGGAACGAAAACUGCAAAAUGCCACCAAUUACUUUCUCAUGUCACUGGCUGUGGCAGAUAUGCUUCUGGGACUUCUGGUCAUGCCUGUCUCCAUGGUGACCAUUGUGUAUGGUUACUCCUGGCCCCUGCCUGCAUCACUGUGUCCCAUGUGGAUCUACUUGGAUGUUCUCUUUUCCACCGCCUCCAUCAUGCACCUGUGCGCUAUCUCGCUGGACCGUUAUGUGGCCAUCCGUAACCCCAUCCGACACAAUCGGUCAAACUCACGCUCCCGCGCCCGGGCCAAGAUCACGGCCGUGUGGACCAUCUCAGCAGGCAUCUCCAUGCCAAUCCCAGUGCUGGGUCUGCGCGAUCACACCAAAGUUUUCAAGGAUGGCAGCUGCCUAUUGACUGACAACUCUUUCGUGUUGAUUGGGUCCUUUGUGGCUUUCUUUGUGCCAUUGACCAUUAUGGUGGUGACCUACUUCCUGACUAUCAGCGCUCUGCAGAGUGAGGCGACUCUCUGCCUCGACCAACUGGUGCCCAGGCCCAAAUGGAGCGCAGGAUUCACUCUCAACUUCCUCCCCGGACCCUCGUUCUCGCCCUCAGAGAAAAAGCUGUUCUUGCGGCGCUCGUUGAGCCGAGAGGCGGGGGCAGACUCAGGGGUUGUGACCCCACCUUUCGGACGGCACACGGUGCAGACCAUCAGCAACGAGCAAAAAGCCUCCAAAGUUCUGGGCGUGGUUUUCUUCCUGUUCGUGGUCAUGUGGUGUCCGUUUUUCAUCACUAAUGUAUUAGUGGUGGUUUGCGAGCCGGUGACGUGCGACGCUGAUGUGAUGAACAGACUGCUGAAUGUGUUCGUGUGGGUCGGUUACCUUUCCUCCGCCGUUAACCCGCUGGUUUACACGCUCUUUAACAAGACUUACCGCUCAGCCUUCGCCAGAUACAUCCGAUGCCAGUUUCACGAGGAGAAGAAACCGCUACAACUAAUUCUGGUCAACACCAUUCCACCGCUGGCCUAUCAGUCCACACACCUGCCGCUCACUGGAUCAAUAGGCAAUGGGGAUUUCUCUCUGCCCCUUCCCAAUAAAAACCACCAUCUGUCCAAAAGCAGCAAAAAUGAGAGUGUCAGCUGCUUGUGAAUUCACUCGGCGAACUCGCAAAAUGCCAGACGUAACCCUGGAUUUUCUUCUGGGUUUCAUGUUUGGCAUUCUCUCCGUCUUACCUUUGCAGAAAUCAGUUAUGAUUGGUCUAAAGUAUUAGUAGUCAAAGCCCAACUGCAUCAAUGAACGGACGGCUUCACGAUCUAUGACUGUAUCACAGCGUACUCACACAUCAAAAGAACUCUGAUCGGGAUUUGUCCUGACUGCAAAUGUCAGUUGAAUCAAUGGGAUGAAACCUCUCUGGUUAUAAAAAUUGUAUAUAAGUGUUAAGUCAAAGUUUAAGUCAAAGUUAGUUUUUUAUGUAGCACUUUAUAUGCAGAGAGUGAAGUCUAAAUUCAUGGGAGAUCAACAGUGUUUUGUUUACAGCAUCUGUUUUUUGAAAACAAGCGUGGUUGAUGUGACUUGAGUUUUUGUACUGCGUCAAACGACUGAGAUGCUGUAGCCUCGUAUAAGCUGACUUGUGUGCUGCUGAUUUAUCAUUUUAGCAGACAUUUGUAUUACUAGUCACUGAAUCCAGACACAGAAGGACAAGAUAGUGGUUUUAGGACCUUACCUUAAAAAGUAUGAAACAGUUUCUGGGAUCAAAGCAUAAGGACCACUUUUAUUUAAUUAUUAGAAGUGACUUUUUUAAAUGAUUCCUAUUAUAUGAUAAGAACAAUGAUAAAAAAAAUCAUGCCUAUAGAAGCCUGUUUCCACUUCAGAGUAAAAUAAAAUAAGUAAAAUUGUGAGACUAUGUUUUAAAUAAGAAAUGUAGGGCCCUAUCAUAUAUUGGUGCGAGGCGCAGCGCAAGUGAGUUUGCUAGUUUCAGUCUGACGCGUUUAACUAGCAAAUGCAUUUGCACCCUUGUGCUUGCUGGUCCAAAAAAAAAGGUGUUUUCAGGAGCAUUGGUGGUGCGUUGCUAUUUUAAUGAACUGAAAAUAGGCUGAAAAAAGAAACCUGGUCUAAAGUCUAAUAUCAAUGCGCAGUAUUUUUUUUGUUGCUAUUUAUAAUGGGCGGGUCCACAGCGCGCGUUGACUUAUCGUAGGCUACAUACAAAAAAAAUGUAAUGAUGGACAGUCAAUGAGUGUUUUCAGAAUUAGCCUUGCGCACGAGCAAAUCGGUUUCUUUGUUUGAGAAGAGUUCAGAUUUUUGCCAAAAAAGUCCACCAUGGCGCGAGCGCAACUCGAUGAUACUCUGAUUGAUUUAGUGCACGUUAUGCCCAAAAAACACCCAUUAUUUAAGAGAAAAGAGAAACAAUCCAUUUGGACUAUGCGCCCGUGCGCACAGACCGUUUUAAAAUAGCAAAAGUGGAUUUGGACACGAGUCCUGAGUGCACCUGCACCGUGAACUUUAGAUUUUGGGCCCUAUUUUUACAUUUUCAAAUACAAAGCUAUGUAUGAGACAUGUAUGGGGGGGGUCACAAAUGCUGCAUUCAUUUGAUUAAAAAAAAUACAGUAAAAGUAAUAUUGUAAAAUAUUGUUAUUGUUUAAAAUUACUGUUUUCUAUGGUAAUGUAUUUUAAAAUGUCAUUUGGUGGCAGAGCUUUCAGUAUCCAUUACUGUAUCCUUCAGUGUCACAUGAUCCUUUAGAAACAGUUCUAAUCUGCUGAUUUGGUGAAUAAGAAAUAAUUAUUAUCAAUGUUGAAACACUUAAUAUUGUCGUGGAAACGUUUAAUUUUUUCAGUGUUCUUUAAUGAAUAGAACUUUUUUAAAAAACAGCAUUUAAAAUGGAAAUCUUUGGUAACAUGGUAAAUGUCGCUUUUGGUCUAUUUAAUGCAUCCUUGCUGAAUAAAAGUAUCAGUUUCUUUUUUUAAAAAAAAGCAACAAAACAAAUGUGCAGAGCAUAUAGUAUGGUUUAAAUCUAUAGCUGUUACUCUGAGGAGGAAAUGGGCUUCCAUAGAAACUUUCUCGGAUAAAUCUUUAAAAGACUACAAUCCAGAUUAGAAAGCAUGCUGUUUGAGCAGUAUUUUCCUGGUGGUAAACAUCAGCAGAACCAGCCAAAACUAGAGGAAACCAGCAGAAACCAGCCUGGCGCAGCAUGAAAAGUCUAAGCUUUUUAUUUCAAAAGGGAACCGUAUCUGCUUUUCACCCUGUCAUUUUGGACCGAUCAAAAACAAUUUCUGAGACCUUUUGGCGUUGCACAUAUUGUUCAGGUAGUGGCAGUAUUCAAACCCAACGCUUACAUUUGUCAGAUUUGACAUUUUUGUUUUUUUUUGAAAACGUGCUUUUAAGAAGACCUGUAAGUUUUUGGUUUUGAAAAUGUACCUCUGGAUUCAGGGUUCCAUGGCAACACAAAGGGUUCAGAUCUCAGCACCUCGUGAAAACCUCUGAUCUGUUUUCUGAUUCUAUUUCCAGUGUCUGAGUUGACAGCGCUGCUGUUGUUGUUGUUGUUGUUAUGGUGAUGGUCAUAAACUUGU